AUGAACAUAUCGCCUGAAUUUGUGUCAGUAGGCGGCAACAGGAACCCGGCCGCUGCAGAUUGGGACGUAAACGGCUCAGGCGUCUUAGCGUUUGGCGCCGACAAUUGUAUUGCAUUGUGGGAUCCUCAAGAUGAGAAACUUAGCGGAGUACAAGCAGUAUCGAAUGGACACACUAAGGCUGUCAACGCUGUCAAGUUCUUCCCUACAAGAUCACCAAGCGUUUCCGUGCUUCUCAGUGGCGCAGCGGACAACACAAUCCGCAUCUGGCGUGCUCAGAAUAAUAGGAAGCCUAAAUAUGAAUGUGUCAAGAGCGUCUCUGGUCACGCAAACCCCAUAACCAAGAUAGCCACUUUAUCUGGAUCAGACAUCUUCGCUUCCGGUUCCUCAGAUGGUUCUGUCAAGAUAUGGAAGCUUGUCCACGAUGACAGAUUCACAUCCAUCGAUGUCGAGCUGCUGCAGACGAUCGCUUUGUCGCCGAAGUAUUUCCCUUUGAUUCUUGCCCUUGCUCAACUAGACACCGAGUCAAUGGUACUGGCAGUUGCAGGCACCCGCCCCACUAUUCAGAUUUUCGUUUCUCGAGAUACCCAGUUUCAACUUUCAGCAACACUCAUCGGGCAUGAGGGUUGGAUACGAGCCCUUGACUUCACUCGCGAAACAUCGGACUCAAGCAGCGACCUGUUACUAGCAUCUGCAAGUCAAGACAAGUACAUUCGCCUUUGGAGAUUUCACCAGGGCAACGAGCUUCCGGCCGCAAGUAGCGCACUCAACGACCCAGCUCUGGGAGGUCUUGUUAAGUCGCUAUCGAACAAGGCCCACUGGAUCGAGUCAGCAACAUCAAAACACUCCAUCACUUUCGAGGCUCUGCUCCUGGGACACGAGGAUUGGAUCUACACGGCUUCAUGGCGGCAUAGAAAUGACAAACUUCAGCUGCUUUCAACCUCAGAGGACAACUCCCUAGCCAUUUGGGAGUCCGAUCCAACAUCAGGCGUUUGGGUGUGCAUCACAAGAUUGGGCGAGAUCAGCGCACAGAAAGGUUCGACCAGCGCAACAGGAAGCGCAGGAGGAUUCUGGAUCGGUCUUUGGUCGCCGGAUGGUAACUCCGUGGUAUCUCUGGGAAGGACAGGAAGCUGGAGGAAGUGGACCUACUCAUCGACCGAAGAUAUGUGGACACGGCAGGUCGCAAUCACAGGGCAUGUUCGGGAAGUCAGAGGAGUGACAUGGUCAAGAGAUGGCUCCUAUCUACUUUCGACAUCACAAGAUCAAACGACACGGCUCUUCGCGGAGUGGAAGCGGGAGGGUAGCGCGCCGUCAUGGCACGAAUUCUCCAGACCGCAGAUCCACGGCUACGACCUUAAUUGCGUGGAUGCGAUAAGCGACACGGAGUUCGUGUCCGGUGCCGAUGAGAAGCUUUUGCGUGUUUUCGACGAACCAAAAGGUGUCGCAGAAAUUCUAAGCAAGCUUUGCAAUAUCGAGUCUAGAAACACCGCCGAUCUCCCAGAUGCAGCCAACAUACCUGUACUUGGCCUCUCGAAUAAAGCCAUUCAAGCCGUAGGCGACAAUGAGCCAGUGGAAGAGGGUGAAGAAAACGAGCGUGAUGCUGUCGAUCCAGCAUCCAUCGUCCGCAAGUCCGCUCUGGAGUUUUCUCACCCACCGUUCGAAGACCACCUUGCUCGACACCUCCUCUGGCCCGAGACAGAGAAGCUCUAUGGCCACGGAUACGAGAUCUCUACAGUUGCAGUCAGCCGCGAUAGCAGCCUGAUCGCAACAGCAUGCCGAGCAAGCUCCAUCGAUCAUGCGGUCAUUCGCCUUUACGACACAAAGGAUUGGCUCGAAGUGAAGCCAGCGCUGAAGGCACACUCACUUACGGUUACUUCGCUGCAGUUCUCACCUGAUGACAGAUACCUGCUCAGUGUUGGACGCGAUAGGCAGUGGGUUGUCUGGGAGCGCAUCGACGAGCCCUCAUUGUACGCCUUGAAGUACUCGAAUUCAAAGGGCCAUUCGCGCAUGAUCUUGAACUGUGCUUGGUCACCGCUCGAGCAGCCGACGUUUUUGACAGCGGGGCGGGACAAGUCAGUCAAGAUAUGGCAAAUCGCGGACAGCGAGGUGCGGCUGAAGGGUACGGUGGCUGCAAAUGCCUCCAUCACCGCCAUUGCGAGCAGCGCAAAGGUCAUGAGUGGGAAAGCGUGGUUUGCAUUUGGAACUGAGGCUGGUGAAAUCGGCAUUGCGAGUGCGAAGGCGGAGGCGCUAGACAGUGUUGAAGUGACAAUGGUCAGCGCAGAGAGCUCGCCUGCUAAGACCAUCAACCAGAUCGUCUGGAGACCGGCUAGGAGUGAGGAACAAGGCCAGCAGAUUGCGGUGGCAGCGGAUGAUUCUUCAGUACGCGUUUACAAUAUCGUAGGAGGAUCAGCACAAAGUGCAGCAUAG